AUGCGGGGAGUCAGCGGCGAAUAUUUCGAUGACUUUUAUCCAGAUUUUCAAAUGGCCGCUACCGUUAAUCGAGUCCCGUUUGAUCAAAAUGAUCGGAAGUACAAGUGUCUCUGUGGGCAGUUGCAUAUUAAGAAAGGAGCUCGUAUCGUGGCGAUUCUAGUGAACGUCCUGACUGCUAUUAAUAUAAUUUUUAGCUUCACUAGAAGUUCCACGGUGUUCGUAUACACGUGUAUGAGCACCGCAUUCUCUAUUGUCAUUUUUGGAAGUCUGCUCUAUGGAGUGUGGAAGGAGAAGCGUCUCUACUUGUAUCCAUACUUGUUUUUCCAGAUUAUCUCGAUUGCCAUCUCUAUCAUCAUUCUAUUUGCUUUCCUGAUUUCUAUUGCUGUUGGCGCCUCAAUGGUGGUGGAUUUGGCGAGAAAUGUGGGGAAUGUAGAUACAACAACGGGACAAGAGAAAUUGGAUGCAGGUAUAAUUUUUCGUCAGCGGAUUACGGUAAUACUUUGGAUUGUUUUAGAUCUGGCAGUCUUCACGGUUCUUUUCAUCCUUUUCCUAUGUAUUGGUGGCUUGAUUCAGGCAUAUUUCGUUGACGUUAUUUACACUUUCCAUAACUUCCUGAAAGAUCGUGAGAACUCAUUCUCCUUCAAUUUCGAGUCUUAUUCGAAUAGCGCUUUUGGAUCUGAGGCCACUCCAACUCCACCACCAACUUAUCCUGAAACUCAAGUUGUUGUAUCCUAA